CAUAAUAAGAACUAGGUUCUCUUAGUAGUCUGUGAUAAUAAGUAACGUAAUAUAUAAUAAUAACGCAAAAAUAUAGUUUUCCCACUAGUAAACUGAAAAAAUUGCAUAGUACCAACUAGUGGCUUAUUGGUCAGGCAGUGUACACUAUCAGUCACAAAACAACCGAAGAUAAUUUAAGUCUUAUGUUUUAUACCAUUCAAUAAACAUAAGUUGUGCAUGUCGCAUAUUGUUCUGCUUUAUUAUCGUGUGCACAAUUGGAAGUUUGAUUGCAAUUUUACGAUUGAUUUGCUGUUUAUAUACUUACCAUGUUAUACACAACACUAUAUCAUCAGCCAAAAUACAGUUGUAGUUAUUUCUUAGUCAAAAUGAAGACCGCAGUAACUGUACUGCAAGAGAUGAUGGUGAAGCUUGGUCAGACUCCGGAAUAUGAGUGUAUAUCACAGACUGGACCUCAGCACUUGGCAAUGUUCGAGUAUCGCUGUAUGGCUCGGGGCGUGGUGGUGACGGCGGAGGCACGCUCAAAGAAGGAUGCGAAGCAGGAGGCGGCGCGCCGCAUGCUGCAGGCGCUGGCGGCGCGCGGCGAGCCCGUACCACCGCCCUAUGGGCUCCUGCACCCCCCUUCUUCGUCAUAUCCAACAAUGCCGGGUGUGGGCAGUGCGACCGCGACGCCUGCGAUGGGAUCGCACAGCUUCGUGGCGCUACUGAAGGAUCUAUGCGAGGAGUACCGGCUGCCGGGAGUAGAGUACGAGUUAGUGAGCGACAUGGGCCCGCCACAUUACCGCCUGUUCACGAUCCGCGCGCGAGUUGGAGCACACGAGCGGUUCGCCACCUCUACAACCAAAAAGGCCGCUCGCCAGCAAGCUGCUGAACAACUAUACACCUACAUGCGCGAAAAUCUUGCGCGCCUCACCAAAGAUUUCGUAGAGGAAGAAGCGUUGGUGCGUGCGCACGAGCGCGCUAUGGAACGUUAUGUAGAGGUGCGUGAAGAGGUCAGCUGGCGCCCGCACCUCGGCCAACGUGUCGCUGAUUAUCAUCUAGGAUUACGAACACAUAUAGAUCCGGAUAAGUGUGAACUGGCGCAGGCUGCAUUAGCGGAGUUGGAUAAUAGUGAGGAUAAGGCGAAGCCCGAGGAUGUGCUGCAGGCGGCGGUGGCGGCGCUGGGGCUCACACUGACGUGUACCUCUCCGGAGUCCGAGAGCGGAGCCCUGUGCCUGCUGGAGCUCGCGCCCACCUCGCCCGCCCUCACCUUCGCUGGCUGCACCCCGCGCGUCGCCACUCUCAGUGCGCUACAAUAUUUGCGUCUUGCACUCGCUUAUGAAGACACAUCCAAAGUGUAACCGCCUUAAUGUUGUACUUUCAUGUGCUGGAAAAACGUAACCCUGGAGAAAUUGCCUUGUAAAUCUGCCCUGACAUGGUAAUGUGACCAGUGAUGUGCCAUUACCAGGAACAUUCCCACUUUGAAAAUGUUCCCGGCACUAAAAAGGCGCAAAGCUUAUGUAAACAUGUUAUUACCUAACCUUUAGGCAGAUCAGACCAUAGU